GUUAAAUACGCCCAAGAACAAUUCAAGAAUAAAGUUUUAUUACAAAAUGAUGUUUCAUUUUUGUUUUCCUCUAGGACCUUUGAAGAAAGUUUCCCCGACUGAUUCUGAUAAUUUUCGCAAGGUCAAAGUACUUUGCUGGAUAAUGACGUCACCAAAAACUUUAUACGCAAAGGCUCUCCACAUUAAAGAGACGUGGGGUCCACGCUGUGACGUCACUCUCUACAUGAGUAGCAAAGCUGAUCCAACUUUUCCAGCGAUCGGACUUCCAGUGGAAGAAGGACGCAAAAAUCUUUGGAAUAAAACCUUAAACGCCUUCAACUAUAUCUACCAGAACCAUUUCAACGACGCUGAUUGGUUCAUGAAGGCUGAUGACGACACUUACGUCAUCGUAGACAACCUGCGCUACUUUUUGAGCGACAAAAACAGCAGUGAAGGCGUUUACUUCGGCCACCGUUUCAGGUCGUUUUCAAAGGAAGGGUACAUGAGUGGAGGCGCGGGGUACGUUAUGAGCAAAGAGGCACUGAGGUUGUUUGGGACAAAAGGGAAAAGUGAUAAUGCGUGUAGCCUAAAUUCCAAAGCGUGUGGUAAAAGUAUAAAUGAUCCGGAGGAUGCUAAGAUGGGGCAGUGUUUGACGGCAGUUGGCGUCCAUACUGGAGAGUCAAGAGAUACAAAGAAGAGGGCGCGAUUUCUUAUUCAGGGGCAUCUCCCGAGAUGGAUUCACUCACACAAGAAGCAUAACAUAGCAAAGGGUCCCGGAUGUCGUUCCGAUUACCUCAUCUCCUUUCAUCACGUGACACCCACAAAGAUGCACGACUUCGACUUUUAUGAUUAUCGUCUCCGCUUAGCUGGGAACGAUGGUCAACACGUUUACCGGGUCGAUAAUAAAACUGUUCCAAUAUAA